AUGGCUGUCGACUAUGUACGCCAGAAUAUGAGUGAUACCUAUGAGGUUGUUGGUGGCUACCUGUCACCUGUGAGCGAUCGGUACAACAAAGCUGGUCUGGCAAACGCCACCCAUCGGGUCCGCAUGUGCGAAUUAGCCUGUGAACAAACUUCCGACUGGCUAAUGGUUGACCCAUGGGAAGCCAUCCAGAAUGAAUACCAGCCCACCGCCGUCGUAUUGAAUCACAUCACCACUUCCGUUAAUGAUCAACUCGGUGGAAUUUCCACCAGCUCCAAUCCGGAUACCCCCAAGAAGCCUGCGCAAGUUGCUUUACUCGGCGGUUCUGACCUUUUGCAAACUAUGUCGCAGCCGGGCGUCUGGUCUUUGCAAGAUUUGGACUUGAUUAUUGGGUCCCACGGGAUUUUCGUCAUUGAGCGUUCCGGCUCUAAUGUCAGUGAUGCAUUGGCUCCGCUCAACGAGUGGAGCGAGAAGAUGGGAAAGAACUGGUUGGAGAACAUCCAGGUUGUUCGGCAAUUGAUUGCCAACGAUAUCAGUAGUACUAGGAUCAGGCAAUUCUUGAGAUGGGGGAUGAGUGUUCAGUACCUACUUCCCAGCUGCGUCAUUGAAUACCUGAGGGAGCACCAAUUGUAUAGAGACCCGGUUGAGGAUAGUCACCCCUUGGGUGACGGAAAAGGGAAAGGCAAGGGGAAAAUGAUGGAGGGAAGCUCAGGUACCGCGAGCGACGGAGCAAGAGUGGCCUAAUUUGACAGUGGGAAGUUUAGCGGACUUUCAGGUGCAAGGCCGUUGGGAGGCGUAGGGGUGAUGUGCGCACUCGGCGGACCAAAAAAAUAAGGCCAAAAAACGCUCGGAUUGAGGUCCAAGGAAAUUUCCGGCAAACCGAAAUCCAAUGGAUGGGUUCAACUCUUCCUGGUUAGUUGGAUUCUAUAUACCCCCACGAUUACCCAAGCCCAGAGCGGCGAUAAAUGUUAUACGGAAAUGAUACCCCUUUUUCUUUUUAUUAUUUCGUUGUCUCCUUCUCUUGGGGCUUGCCUUUUCUAUGUAGAGCAAUGGCCAGACCAAAUUGGGUUUCUGCUGUUUAAACUGGACGAUCCCCUGUUUUUCUAUUUUAUUAGUUACGUCUCUCUCAAGGGUUUUUCUUUUCUUUUCUUUAUUCUUUUUGACGGCUUCUGAAACUGAUAGAGCAUCGUACUCACGGCUGAAUUUUCCUUGAAAGAUAUAUAAAGACGAAAUUGGUCUCUUGGGAGGUGAUUUCGAUUCGAUACCAAUCGUAUUUUCUUGGAGAUUAAAUAAAAUAAAUUAACGGUAUGACUUUGA